AUGGGGCAGGAGGCCAGCUGCCCGGCAAUGGGCAGCGGGGAGGGCUAUGUGUGGCCCUCGCCCUUCACACUGGGCCUGGGCAUCCCAAGUGAAUGUUUGGGGAGCAGGAGGAGGCUGGGAUCCCAGCAUCCGGGGCUCUUCCCUCCCUCCCCGUGGACACCCUACAGGAGGGCUCCCCUCUGCCUCAAUUGCUCCAUCCUCCCUGGAGACAUGUCCCCGGGGCGUUCAAGGAUCCCCAUGCUCUGCAACGGCAGUAGGGCCGGGAGGCUCUUUGACCCCAAAGAUUUGAACCUGACUGAUGAGGAGCUGAAACUCAAAUACCUGGGACCCCAGCAGACGGAGCUGUUCGCGCCCAUCUGUGUCACGUACCUGCUGAUCUUUGUGGUGGGCGCUGUGGGCAACGGGCUGACCUGCUUGGUCAUCCUGCGCCACAAGGCCAUGCACACGCCCACCAACUACUACUUCUUCAGCCUAGCCGUGUCGGACCUGCUGGUGCUGCUGCUGGGCUUGCCGCUGGAGCUCUAUGAGAUGUGGUCUAACUACCCCUUCCUGCUGGGCGCCAGCGGCUGCUACUUCCGCACUCUGCUCUUCGAGACAGUCUGCCUGGCCUCUGUGCUCAAUGUCACGGCCCUGAGUGUGGAGCGCUAUGUAGCUGUGGUGCACCCGCUGCGGGCCAGGUCCGUGGUGACUCGGACCCAUGCGCGCCGUGUGCUCAGGGUCAUCUGGGGCCUCGCCGUGCUCUGCUCUCUGCCCAACACCAGCCUGCAUGGCAUCCAGCAGCUGGACGUGCCCUGCCGGGGCAUAGUACCCGGCUCGGCCAUGUGCACCCUGGUCCGCCCACGGGCCCUCUACAACCUGGUGGUGCAGACCACGACUCUGCUCUUCUUCUGCCUGCCCAUGACCACCAUCAGUGUGCUCUACCUGCUCAUCGGGCUGCGGCUGCGGCGUGAGAGGCUGCUACUGCUCAGGCAGGAGGCCAGGGGCAGGGCCAGGGCCAGGGCCAGGGCCAGUGACACCUGCAGGCUCCAGCGACUGCAGGAUAGGGGUCGGACGCAGGUGACGAAGAUGCUGUUUGUGCUGGUCGUGGUGUUUGGGAUCUGCUGGGCGCCGUUCCACAUCGACCGCCUCAUGUGGAGCUUCGUGUCCCACUGGACCGAGAGCCUGCACCUGGCCUUCCAGUACGUGCACGUCAUCUCCGGCGUCUUCUUCUACCUCAGCUCCGCCGCCAACCCCGUGCUCUAUAGCCUCAUGUCCAGCCGCUUCCGGGACACCUUCCAGGAAGCCCUGUGCUUGGGGACUGGGUGCCACGGCCACAGAUCCCACUGCAGCUCCCACAGCCUCAGCAGGGUGACCACGGGCAGCACCCUGUGUGACAUGGGCUCCCUGGGCGGCAGGACCUACCCUCUGGCUGAGAACGGUGACCCAGAGGGACAGCAGGAGACUGGCCCCUCCUGAGUAGAGCCUCAAAGCAGUGUCCCCCAGGGGGGACCAGAGGGCCACACGCAGCUUUGAGAGCCACACUCGUCCUCCUCUGCGGGGGUGUCUUCAUGACCUGUCCCCCUUUGUGCCCCGUCCCACUUCAGCCUAGAAACUCUGACCA